UCACAGAGAGAGAGAGAGAGAGAGAGAUCAUGGUGAACUUGGUGGCAGCACAGAGGCCAAUGUUGCAUGGGCUAAUGAAGAUGGCGGGGAUCAGGCCCUACACGGUGGAGAUAGAGCCAGGGACAGUGAUGAGUUUCUGGGUACCAUCAGAGACCAUUACGAAGCCCAAGAAAAAAGACGAAAAGCCCAAAGUCAUUGCCAAUCCCAGUAAGCCCACGGUGGUUCUGGUCCACGGUUUCGCUGCAGAAGGAAUAGUGACGUGGCAGUUCCAAGUUGGUGCUUUAACCAAAAAAUACGCGGUUUAUGUUCCGGAUCUUCUAUUCUUCGGAGAUUCAACCACUGAUAAAUCAGAGAGGUCACCAAGUUUUCAAGCAGAGUGUUUGGCUACGGGGUUAAGGAAGCUUGGGGUGGAGAAAUGCAUAGUGGUUGGUUUUAGCUACGGUGGGAUGGUGGCGUUUAAGAUGGCUGAGAUGUACCCUGAGCUGGUCCAAGCCAUGGUCAUCUCUGGCUCCAUCUUGGCAAUGACUGACUCAAUCAGCGUGACCACACUCCAAGAACUUGGGUUUUCUUCUUCUUCAGAGCUUUUGUUGCCUACCUCUGUUAAGGGUCUUAAGGCCCUUUUGUCUGUGGCUGCUUACAAAAAGCUAUGGUUCCCUGAUCGUUUACACAAGGACUUUCUUGAGGUAAUGUUCACGAAUAGGAAGGAGCGAGGUGAGCUAUUGGAGGACCUAGUAAUUAGCAACAGAGACAUCACAAUUCCAAAUUUUCCGCAGAAAAUACAUCUUCUAUGGGGCGAGAAUGAUCAAAUUUUCAAACUGCAGCUUGCCCAAAAUAUGAAAGAGCAACUAGGAGAUGGCACAACGUUUCAAGGCAUAAAGAAAGCUGGUCACUUGGUUCACCUGGAGCGACCAUGUGUCUACAAUAGAUGCCUCAAACAGUUUAUUGCUUCCUUCUUGGCCUCAAAUGAAGCCAAAAAAUAA